AUGGCAGGAAGAGGGCGAGGGAAAUUCAAACCUUCUAUGUCUUUUAAUACAGAACAAUUAGGAUUUGCUAAAGGAGAAGUUUUACCACCUCCGGUUUUGCAACCUCCACAGAAAUAUCCUUUGUUGGAAUAUAAACCGUUGACUUUUUCAAUUACCAAUGAAAUGAGUUAUUUAUUGGAAUUGAAAAGGGAUUAUACUGAAUUUUUAAGAGAAUCUCCGUAUAAUGUACAACCUAUAGAAUUGAAAAAAGAUAUUGAACGUUAUUCCGAUCGUUAUCAAGAUUUGAUGACGGAUAAAAGUGGGUACGAUACUAGAUAUGAUUGGUCCAAGGUACCAGCAGAAUUGAAACCAUCUAUUCGUAGACAAAAAAGUCAAGCUACGAUACAGCCUAAGAAAAAACAGAAAACUGUUGAUAUAGAAUCAAAGUUACAAGAAUUAGAAAAAAAGGAGACUAAUCAACAAGGUGAUGUACAGGAAGAAGAAGAAGAAAAGGCUGAUGAAGAAGCAGAAGAGAAAGAAACGGAUGAAGUGGUAGAAGACGAGGAAGAAGAAUUAGAUGAGGAAAUGGAUGAAGGGACUGAUUAUGUAAAUAGUUACUUUGAUAAUGGAGAAGGUUAUGACGAUGAAGAAGACAAUAUGGACGAUGGACCUAUCUAUUAAAAUUUAUCCUUAGAGUAUCUAAGAAUUCGAUUUCUAAAAAUUUUUGGCCAUAUGUUUGUGCAGUGUCUCUAUUGCAGAGUUGUAUAUAUAAUUUAAUGCAAUUAAAUUUCUUAUACAACAGUACAAAUACAUAUAUUAUGUAUUAAAAGUUUGUAUAAAUGACUAAUUUAUAUUGUUAAUAUA